AUGUCAGGAGAGAGUGGUGACGGGAUGCGCGUCGAUCCGGCCAGAGCCAAAGUGCUCGUGGAGAACUUGGAACAGGUUGCAAAGAGAGUAGACGGCGUGAGGAACGGGCGCAAAGUGAGGGCAAUGCGUGACUAUCUGAUGCAAGAGGGAGUGCUGAUGGGUGUAUGGUAGGUCCGCCUCAUUGCCGUAUCCAAGCUGAAGCCCGCCAGCGACAUCCUCGCUCUCCAUCAGUCUCCUCUCAAACAGCUCGACUUUGGCGAGAACUAUUCGAACGAGUUGACCGAGAAGGCCGGCCUCUUGCCCCGGUCGAUACGAUGGCACAUGAUAGGAGGUCUGCAGACCAACAAGUGCAAGCCGUUGGCCGAGCAGGUGCCCAACUUGUGGUGCGUGAGCAGCGUAGACAGUGCCAAGAAGGCCGAUGCUCUUGAGAAGGGCAGGAAGGCAAUCAUGGAGAAAGAGUCGUUGACAGAAACGUUGAGAGUGCUGGUGCAAGUCAAUACUUCGGGCGAGGAGGGCAAGAGCGGAGUGGGGCCACAGGACACGUUGGAGCUGUGCAAGCAUGUGAGGGAGAAAUGUCCCAGUCUGCGUCUCGGAGGCUUGAUGACUAUCGGUGCUAUUGCCCGGAGCAAGGAGGCGUCAGGACCCGACGCGUUGAACGAGGACUUUAUCACGCUGUGUGAGACCCGGGAUAAAGUUGCCGGGGAGCUGGGCGUCGCGCCGUCGGAGCUGGAGUUGAGUAUGGGCAUGAGUUCGGAUUUCGAGGCCGCGAUAGCUCAGGGAAGCGAUGAGGUUCGGGUUGGCACCACGAUCUUUGGCGAGAGACCGGCGAAGAAAGAUGCAAAGAUUCUGUGA